UGGAAUGAUUGUGUGAACGAGGAUGAUCUUUAACCUCAAAAGCAACAUGGAGGAAAUUGGCAUUGUAGUUUCGGAGAAGGACAAGGAUGAAGCCCCAUCACCCGCAGACUCAAGACCCAAUACUUCCAAACCCAGUAGCAUCUUAGAUGCACUGGACACAGAUGACCUCUACACAAGAUUCAAAAAACUGCAGCGGCAGAUUGAGUUCUAUGAGGUCCAAGAGGAGUACAUCAAAGAUGAGCAGAAGAAUCUCAAGAAGGAGUUCCUGCAUGCCCAGGAGGAAGUCAAACGCAUCCAGAGCGUGCCGCUGGUCAUCGGUCAGUUUCUGGAGGCCGUGGACCAGCACACAGGCAUCGUGGGCUCAACAACAGGGUCAAACUCUUAUGUGCGCAUCCUGAGCACAUUAGACAGGGAGCUCUUGAAACCCAGUGCCUCCGUCGCUCUUCACAAACACAGCAAUGCCCUGGUUGACGUCCUACCACCCGAGGCAGAUAGCAGUAUUACCAUGCUGGGAACCGAUGAGAAGCCAGACGUGUGUUACUCGGACAUCGGCGGUAUGGACAUCCAGAAGCAGGAGAUCCGUGAAGCCGUAGAGUUACCCCUGACACACUUCGGCUUGUACCAACAGAUUGGCAUUGAUCCACCCAGGGGAGUGCUCAUGUUUGGCCCUCCUGGAUGUGGAAAAACCAUGCUGGCUAAGGCUGUGGCUCACCAUACCACAGCAUCUUUUAUACGGGUGGUCGGCUCUGAGUUUGUCCAGAAGUACCUUGGUGAGGGACCACGCAUGGUGCGGGACGUCUUCAGGCUAGCCAAGGAAAACGCGCCCGCUAUUAUAUUCAUUGAUGAGAUCGACGCCAUCGCCACAAAGAGAUUCGAUGCACAGACAGGAGCUGAUCGGGAAGUUCAGCGUAUUCUUCUAGAGUUGCUAAAUCAGAUGGAUGGAUUUGAUCAAACAGUUAACGUUAAGGUCAUCAUGGCAACCAAUCGGGCCGACACCCUUGACCCCGCCCUGCUCCGCCCAGGUCGCUUGGACCGUAAGAUAGAGUUUCCCAUGCCAGACAGGCGACAGAAACGUCUCAUCUUCAGCACCAUCUGUGUCAAAAUGAACCUUUCCGACGAAGUUGACUUGGAAGACUAUGUCGCCAGACCAGACAAGAUCUCAGGAGCAGACAUCAAUGCAAUAUGUCAAGAGGCCGGCAUGCAGGCGGUCCGGGAGAACCGCUACGUCGUUUUGGCCAAAGACUUUGAGAAAGGCUACCGCAACAACAUCAAGAAGGACGAGUCCGAGCACGAAUUCUACAAAUAGUCUCGGCAAUUCCUUUCAAUUCAUGUCAAUUGUAUUUCAGUGUGUGUGUCUUUUUGAGAACGUUGGAUCUAUUUCAGUGGAUUGGUUCAGCUUGUAUGUUUUUUUUAUUUGUGACCCUCCAACACAAAACCAGUUGGAAGUAGCACGGCCGUAUUUUGAGAUACAGCCUAUGGUACAUUGUACAGGCAAAACGUAUCGAAAUUCACAUUUAGGCGUUAAAAGCCAGAGUAAUAAAUGUAUUUCAAUUUCAAUGAAGUUUAUAUUUGUAAAAUUUCCAAGGAGUCCUAAGGGAACAUUUUAAGUUUCCGAGACUCACAAAUUUGAAACUGAAAAUAGCUACAACUCCAUCAGAUUUUGUUUGAUUCCCAUAUUCUAUACAUCGUGGGAAAGCUUUAUUCAAUGUCCUUUCCAAUGAGCCCAAUAUUCCAGUUUUCAAAAAAUGUUCCAAGUUACUGGUUUUGUGCUGGCUGGAGGGUCAUGUUUAUAUUGAAAUAAUUAAAAUGGAGAAACAUUGAGGGG